GGGUGAUGGAGAUUUCUUGGGAUCCCCUCGAUGUGCUCACAGUAAAUUUAACCAUGGAGGCUGUACUGAGAGCGGUGUGCUGAUUGUGGUCCUCACGCAAUGAGGCGCCGAGCUCCGGGCCGGUGUGAGGAUGAACGGGGCGUGAAGAGGCUCUGGAUCCUGGCUGUGACGGCGCUCAUCGCCGCUCAGACUGCCGCAGGAUCACCGCUGCUCCUGGACCCGGAGGAUUUUCUGGAAAAGUAUGGCUACCUCCAUCGCGAUCACCACAUCCACAAUACAGCUGAGAUGCAGUCUGCUGUCCGUGAAUUCCAGUGGUUGUCCCGUCUGCCCAUCACAGGUGAACUUGACAGCGUCACCCUGCGGCGGAUGGCAGAGCCCCGCUGCGGGGUGUCAGAUGAGGGCAGCCAGCAGAUCUGGAAUCAGAGAGUAAAUUUCAUCUUUACUGGACAGCGACUGCUGCAGCAGCGUAGGAGACGCUCCGCUGCAGAAGCUGACAAGUGGUACAAGCGCCACCUGACCUACCAGAUCGUGAACUGGCCUCAGCACCUGUCCCUGGGCUCCGUCCGGCUGGCUGUGCGUGCUGCCUUCCAGCUGUGGAGCAACGUGUCAGGCCUGGUCUUCCAGGAGGCCCCCGGUGGGCCCGCAGACAUCAGGCUGGCUUUUUACGAAGGAGACCACAACGAUGGGGCCAGCAACGCUUUUGAUGGACCAGGAGGAACCUUGGCUCACGCCUUCCUGCCUCGCCGAGGCGAAGCCCACUUUGACAUGGCAGAGAGGUGGACGCUAAACGGGCACAAGGGGCACAACCUCUUUAUGGUGACCGCCCACGAGAUCGGACACACUCUGGGACUGGAGCACUCCCCCGUGCGUCACGCUCUAAUGUCACCGUACUACAGAAAGCUCGGCCGCAGCCUGGUUCUGAGCUGGGACGACAUUAUUGCUGUGCAGCAGCUGUACGGUAAACCAUUAGGCGAUCGCCUGGUGAGGUUGCCAGGUCAGGUUUUGCACGCUGCGCUGCAGGAGUGGGAGUUCGCUGAGCUUCAAAGCAGACAUGACACCCCAGGACAGCCUCUCUACUGCAAAGGCGUCUUUGACGCCAUCACUAUAGACCAGAAUAAGACGGUGCUGGUGAUUCGGGGCAGCGUGUACUGGACUGUACCGGCUGAAGGCAGCGUAAGCGGCCCGCUGCCUCUCCAUCAGCGCUGGUCUGACCUCCCUCCGGCCAUUGAGGCUGCUGCCUUCUCUCCGCUGGACUCCAAGUGGUAUUUUUUCAAAGGGAAGCGGAUCUGGCGCUACACAGGCAGCACGCUGGACCCCGGCUUCCCCAGGAAGAGCAGUGAGUUAGGACUGCCUCAGCACCCUGACUGUGCCUUCUACUAUGCUCCCCUGGGUCACAUGGUCCUCUUCAAGGGCUCCCGUUACUCUGUACUCAACCUUAAAACCUUGCACCAAGAACCCUAUUACCCCCGCAAGCUGACAGACUGGACUGGAGUGCCACAGGGCACCAACGGGGCUCUGACCCGUCCAGAUGGCCGCCUUUACCUCUUCAGAGAACAGCGAUUCUGGAGGUUUGAUCCAGUGAGGGUGCGAGUCACCAAAGACGGCCGCUGGGCCAAAGACCUGAGCUGGACUGGCUGCAGGAACACUCCUCAGAGCAACAACAUCCUUUGACCAGCAGAGGGGGCUGCAGGAUUUAAAGUGCAAUUUGUUGAUGUGCUACAGCUCUUCAGCACAUACAGUAUUUACAGUGCAUAGCAGUUAAUAUUAGUAUGUAUGGAAGUGUAAUUACAGCCUUAGUAACAGUUCAGAUAACAGGACUGCACAGUCUUCACUGAGCUGUUUGAAGGAAGAAGAAAGAUUGAACAGCUGGAACUUUGCUUUUUUCUUUUGGACACUGACAGAGAAAAGAAAAAAGACAAAGAACAUGCUUUAUCAUCAUCAACAAUGCCACAAUUAUGUAUACAUUACAACACUUUCGCUACUGAUUUUUAAUCCCUCAUGACUGCACAGCAGUCAGCAUGACAGAGUGUGUGAGAGAGCAGUGCAGGUGAGUCAUCUAUGGUGAUGUUGGGCCAGCAGUGUGAUUUUUUUUUUUUAUUAAGAAAACAGUUGGGGAAAAAUACCCAAAACAAAUGUAACUAUCAGUGCUUCAACAUUCAAUCAAAGGUGAAAUUAUGAUUGAUUUGGAUUUGCGAAUUCGGCUGCGUGAAUAUGCACACCAGCACUCACUUCUCAUCUCCUAAUUCACGCUAUAUUAACAUGUGAUUAUUUUUCCAUCCCUGGAGUGGCUCUCUGUCUGCGUGUAUGAAGGUUAUUGAAUGAAUUCUUGCAUGAGCACACACACAGCUGUCAGGACACAACAACAGAGCCGUUUUAUUCUUUUAGUCAUUUCUCUUUUAGCCUAAAUCACUGAACACUUUGCACACUACUUGCUUACAGUACUCGCUUUCUUCCAGUAACACUUAUUUCCAGUAAACAGUUAAACACUUUGACAUCUUUGAGCUGCCUCGCUUGCCCACACAGAGCAGCCCAGCGGGAGCAACUCCUACCCUUUAAUUACACGCAUUUAAACAGGCACUGACCUCAUAAAGCACAAGCCAAAAAAAAAAAAAAAAACAGACUCCAAUUUAUCUGUUAGG